UGUCUUAUCAUGGCAAAACUAAAUUUGUUAUGUGCUUAUAUUAUUAUGUAGCGUGCUUUAAUCGUUAUGUGAUGUCCUUGUAUCAUUAUGUGGUGUGCUUUUAUCAUUAUGUGGUGUACUCCUUCUAUUAUGUGAUGUGCAUUCAUUAUUAUGGCGUGUGCAUUUGGUAUUAUGUGAUGUGCAUUUGGCAUUAUGUGAUGUGAAUUUGACAGUAUGUGAUGUGCAUUCAUCCUUAUGUGAUGUGCAGUUUUCAUUAUGGCAUGUGCAUAUAUCAUUAUGGCAUGUGCUUUUCUAAGUAUGUGAUGUGGUUCCGUCUUUACCGAAUGUACUUUUAAAGAUCAUUAUGCGAUAUGCUUUUUUCUUUACGCGAUGUACUUUUUUAUUCAUUACGUCAUGUACAAACAUCCUUUUGUUAUGUACAAACAUCAUUAUGUGGUGUGCAAACUUCGUUAUGAUGAUGUGAUGACGUCACACUAUCCGGGUCAUUUGGAAAAAUGGACGACAUUAAACUAAUUUUAAAAAACAUUGAUCUCCCAAAUUUAGCAAAUAACUUUACGGAGGCAAAUGUAAACAACGUUGAUAUUUGCAAAAGUUUAAGCGAUGUGGAUCUAUCGAGGCUUGGAAUCGCCACGAUCGGCGAUAGGAUACGUUUUAGGGAAGAGCUUAGACGCAUAUCACUUCCAUCUCAGAACAAUCAGCAUAACCAGCAUGAAAUACGAGCUUUAUUCAGACCAGUGAGGGGUACAUCUACAUCAGGAAGAAUUAAAAAGCAGAAGAAAAGAAGAACAUGGACCUGUGAAUUUAUUUGUCUGAGUGAAACAGAUGCGAUGAAAGUCCCAACAAGAGAGGAAAAACUUGCACUAGUUAAAGCGGGACUUGGCUCCAAAAAGAUCCAAUUUAAUGCAGAUGAUACAGAGGAGCUAUUUCAGCAGAAAUUGAUUGAAGAACCCCAGAAGUUAUGA